ACCAGCAGAGGCUGCAGAGAUGCUAACAGCUCAGACACACAAACACACUCUGGCAGGAGCUAACUGCUAACACACGCAGAGAGACAGACACUCACACAGGCAGAGAGACAGACAGACACACACACACACACAGGCAGACAGGUAAAGGCAGGCUGAAGCUGGCAGCACACACACUUUGUGUGAACUAGCUGCUGUUAGCAUGCUGUGGAGAGAAGGCUAAUCUACUGACACACACACACACACACACACGCAAAGCAAUGCAGUGUCCAGGGCUUUCAAUUGGACGGUGCAGAUGUAGUCAAACCUCAGAUUGACAAACACUUGAGUGGGGGGCGGAGCCUGCAGGUGGUGAUGUCAAAGCGAGGAGCAGGAGGGCGGGGUAAGGGGGAGCGACUGGACACCAUGGCAACUCUUCAAGCAGCCAAUGAGGAGCUCAGAGCAAAACUGACAGAGAUCCAGAUCGAACUACAACAGGAAAAGAACAAGGUGAGCCGACUGGAGAGGGAGAAAAGUCAGGAGCUGAAGGCAGAGCAUCACCGGGCGGCGGUUGCUGUGACUGAGCUGAGGACCAAACUCCACGAGGAGAAGCAGAAGGAGCUUUCACUCACCCGGGAGACGUUACUACGGCAACAUGAGAUGGAGCUCAUGAGGGUCAUAAAGAUCAAAGAUGGUGAAAUCCAACGUCUUAAUGGACUGGUGCUCACCUUAAGGGAUGGAUCCACAGACAAGGUGAGGAGCGCCCUGCUGGGGGAAGUGGAGGAGGCGAGAAGGAGCUGGGAGGCGGAGCGUUGUCGCUUCCAACACGAGAUUCUUGAGCUGAGAGGAGCAAAGAGGAAUGCUGAGGAGGCGCUGACAUCGGCUCAGCAGGCCUGCCAGGCCAGAGCGGCCGAGCUGCGAUCAGCUCAUCAUCAACACCAAGAGGAGCUUAACAGGACCAAGAGAGACUGUGAGAGAGAGAUUCGCCGCCUGAUGGAUGAGAUAAAGCUGAAGGACAGAGCUGUCAGUGUUUUGGACAAAGCCCUCGGUCUGCAGGCUGGACACGCCCACCGCCUCCAGCUGCAGACUCAGGCUGCUGAACAGCAAAUUGCAGCCCUGAGAGAUGCACAGAGGGCGGGGCUAAACCACCCCACUCUUAACCCUAACCCCAACAACGCUCCUCACAUUUCUCAGGAGGAUCGUGACACUCGGAGGUUUCAGCUGAAGAUAGCUGAGCUCAGUGCCGUCGUCAGGAAGUUAGAGGAUAGAAAUGCUCUACUGUCAGAAGAACGCAACGAAUUGUUGAAGCGCCUGAGAGAGGCCGAGAGUCAGUUUCUUCCUCUUCUGGACAAGAACAAGCGUCUGAGCCGCAAAAACGAAGAGCUGGCUCUAGCGCUGCGUCGACUCGAUAACAAGCUUCGCUUCGUCACCCAGGAGAAUCUGGAGAUGGUAACUAUGAGGAGGCCAAGUUCAUUAAAUGAUCUGGACCGCAGCCACUCCACCAGUUACCAUGGUUACAGUCAGGACGAGAGAGAGAUGGAGUUUCUGCAGUUACAAGUCCUGGAGCAGCAACACAUCAUUGAUGACCUGUCCAAGGCUCUGGAGACAGCUGGUUAUGUGAAGAAUGUGAUUGAGAGAGACAUGUUACUGAGGUACCGGCGUCAGGAAUCAGGGAGGAGGAAACGGACCUUCAGAGCCUGCAGGGUCAUUGAGACGUUUUAUGGCUAUGAUGAAGAGGCGUCUGUGGAUUCUGAUGGCUCGUCUUUGUCCUUUCACACUGACAGAACUCCAGAUACUGAACCAGACGAGUUAUGCGUGCAUGAGGAGGCGGAGCUUCGUUACCGUCAGCUGACUCAGGAGUACCAAGCGCUGCAGCGAGCGUAUGCUCUGUUAGCGGAGACGAGUGGCGGAAACUACGAUGCAGAGAAGGAGAUCAAGACCAGAGAGCAGCUGCUGAGUGAGAUCAGUCGAUACCAGAGCAGAGUUUCAGAUCUGGAAUCAGCGCUGAAGCAGCAAGGACUGGACCUGAAGUGGGUGGAGGAGAAGCAGGCGUUGUAUCGGAGGAAUCAGGAACUGGUGGCGAAGGUCAGGCAGAUGGAAGGUGAAGAGCUGCGACUGAAAAACGACAUCCAGGAUGCCAAAGACCAGAACGAGCUGCUGGAGUUCAGGAUCCUGGAGUUAGAGGAGAGGGAGCGGCGCUCACCCGCCAUCAAUUUCCAACAGCUCCAUUUCCCUGAAGGCCUCAGUCCUCUACAGGUUUACUGUGAGGCAGAGGGAGUCACUGACAUUGUGAUGAGUGAGCUGAUGAAGAAGCUGGACAUUCUGGGAGAUAACGCCGUAAGUAAUCUGUCCAAUGAAGAGCAGGUGGUGGUAAUACAUGCCCGGACGGUACUCACUCUAGCAGAAAAGUGGCUGGAGUCCAUUGAAGUGACAAAAUCGGCCCUGCAGCAGAAAAUGUUGGACAUCGAGAGUGAGAAGGAGCUGUUCAGUAAGCAGAAAGGUUACUUGGAUGAAGAGCUGGACUACAGGAAGCAGUCGAUGGAUCAGGCCCAUAAGAGGAUCCUGGAGCUGGAGGCCAUGUUGUUUGAGGCUCUGCAGCAGGAAGAGGAAUCCAGGAUAGAGGGAUUAAAGAUGGAGGGUCGACUGUCUGAGAGUCUGACAGAGGGAGAGCGAGAGGAGCUGAGGAGAGCCAUGGACCAGUGGAAACGAACUGUGAUGUGUGAGCUCAGAGAGAGAGAUGCCCAAAUCCUUCGAGAGCGGAUGGAACUACUGCAGCUCACCCAACAGAGGAACAAGGAGCUGGAAGAAUUUAUAGAAGCACAGAAACGACAGAUUAAAGAGCUGGAAGAGAAGUUCCUUUUCCUGUUUCUCUUCUUCUCUUUGGCCUUCAUCCUAUGGUCCUAACAGCAGCAGUGUGUGCAGACCACCACAGUCCAGCAGCUGAGUGGCCAGGUCAGCUCAGUCUGGAUCAGACCAGGAGGACCUGAAAGGAUUCCUGGAACCAGCAGCUCACCAACCGAGGGUCUAUGGGUUCUCUGUUGCCAGCCAAUCAGAGCAGAGCCCAGCUGUCAGCUGGCUCUCAAACUAUCCUGUUACACGUUCCUAGAAUGCCACUGUGCUGUCUCACAAUGACUGAUGGCUUCGUUUCAGCUUGCUGAUGUUCAGCUAAGUAAAAGAGUCUGGCCCAAACUGGUGUUGGACUCUUACUAGCUAAACUAGGUGACACCCUAUAUGAUUAGCUUAGGUCGCUGAUUUUGAAGUUGUCAGAUGGGGUUGGUUCAGUAACCUGUGACAGAGCUGAACCUGAGCUCAGCAGAGUUAGGCUGAAGAGCAAAAUCUCUAUAAGAACUAGACAUAAAAACAUCAGAAACCAACCUGACAGAAGUUUAGUUCAAUAAUUCUUUGUUCUGAUUGGCUGUUCCACCUGAAGAGCAGACAGUGAAUUUAGCUCCUCCCACUUUAUUCACAGAGCUAAGGUCACACCUGGUUCGUCUGCAACAGAAGAAGGACCUCCACAAUGUCAGGAGGUCUGUUAGGAGAUAAGAGUGAAGUGAAGUGGUCCAGAUAAACCAGGUUCAGCAGGUUCAGAUAGACCCGGUUAACCAGGUCCACAUAAACCAGGUUCACUGGCGUCCGGUUAAAUACUGCAUCGAUUUCAAGAUACUUUUGUACACAUUCAAGGCUACCCAUCAUCUCUCACCUUCAUACCUCCCUGACCUGGUUCAAAUCACCAUUCCUUCUCCGUAUCUCAGAUCCUCCUCCUCUCUUUCUCUUCCAUCCCUUCCCCCCGACUAGCCACCGUGGGGCGCAGGGCUUUCUGUUGCUCUGCCCCCGACUUUGGAACAUCACUUCCAUCCCUCUAUAUAAGUCCAGACUCAAAACUCACCUAUUCACAUUAGCCUAUUCCACAUAAAUCUUUCCAUCCUGCUACUUUAAUUUAUUUGAUCUAUUUGCUCAACGUUUUAUCAUUAUUAUUUUGUAAAUUGUUAUGUUUGUUGUUGUUAU